AGCACCAGCACGAGCACCAGGCCCGCGAUGGGAAGGAGGGAGGGAGGAAGCAUAAAUAUCAGUCGUGCCGGCGCUCUCCCCCCUCCAGCUGUCCGGAGUUGGGCGGACAAAGACGCGACGCUCUUCUUCUUCCAUCAUACCACGACCGAUCGACUGCGUCGUCCAGCAGCUUCCUAAUUCUACAAGGCCUCCCAGCAUACCAUCCGCACUCCCUGCGUGCUCUGCUUACACACCCUCUCACCAGAGGUCUUAGCCUUUCGACUUAAAACUUUAAAACCCAACCCGACCUCCUUCCUCCCCCCCCUUCGCCAGCCGGAUCCCGCGAGGCUACCUACCUCACUUGUGCAAUCAACUGUCCACAUCCCCCUCUUCGUGUACAAGUCAAGUCAAGAAGCCGUCACAAUGGUCAAGGUUCUUAUGGUACUGUACGAUGGCGGUAAAAUCGCCGCAGAGAAAGAUAGUGGGCUUCUCGGCACUACCCAAAAAGAGCUCGGCCUCCGCUCGUGGCUCGAGGAGCAGGGACACACUCUUGUUACUACUUCGGACAAGGAUGGUGAGAACUCCCAGUUUGACCAGGAGCUCGUCGACGCCGAAAUCAUCAUCACCACUCCCUUCCACCCCGGCUACCUGACCGCGGAGCGUCUGGCCAAGGCCAAGAACCUCAAGCUCGCCAUCACAGCCGGUAUCGGCUCCGACCACGUCGACCUGAAUGCCGCCAACAAGACCAAUGGCGGCAUCACCGUCGCCGAAGUCACCGGCAGCAAUGUCGUCUCCGUCGCUGAGCACGUUGUCAUGACCAUCCUUAUUCUCAUCCGCAACUUUGUCCCCGCCCAUGAGCAGGUCGAGCGCGGCGACUGGGAUGUUGCUGCUGUGGCCGACAAGGAGUUUGAUCUCGCGGGUAAGACCGUCGGCACCGUUGCCGUCGGCCGCAUCGGUGAGCGUGUUUUGCAGCGCCUCAAGCCCUUCGGCUGCAGGCUGCUCUAUUACGACUACCAGCCCCUGUCCGAGGAGGCGCAAAAUACGAUUGGCUGCAAACGGAUGGACAGCCUCGAGGAGAUGCUGGGAGAGUGUGACGUUGUCACUAUCAACUGCCCCCUACAUGAGAAGACCAAGGGUCUGUUCAACAAAGACCUCAUCGAAAAGAUGAGAACGGGCUCAUACCUCAUCAACACUGCACGUGGCGCCAUUGUUGUCAAGGAGGACGUUGCCGAGGCCUUGAAAAGUGGCAAGCUCGCUGGCUACGGCGGUGACGUGUGGUUCCCUCAGCCCGCGCCCAAGGACCACCCCUUGCGAACGGCGAAGAACCCGUGGGGCGGCGGCAAUGCCAUGGUUCCUCACAUGUCCGGCACUUCCAUUGAUGCCCAGAGACGUUACGCCAAGGGCACCGAGGAGAUCCUGAAGAGCUACCUCAGUGGCAAGCACGACUACCGACCCGAGGACUUGAUCGUUCACAACGGCGACUAUGCUACUAAGGCGUACGGUCAAAGGAAGUAG